UCACCGCGACCAGACAAAAAGAAACCUCCACCCUCCUCUGCUUCUCCUCCCCAGCUCCGCCCCUCUGGAAGAGGAGAGGGCCUCCAGACGAGCCCACCCAACCCAGGCACGCAGCCAGUCCAGUCCACACGACCCGAUCACCGGCCUCUGCAUGCGUUGCCGCCAGCAGCAGUGAUCAUCGGAACCCCGGGCCACCGCAUGGCCCUCGCCUCGUCGCCGCCGUCGUGGUGGGUCACCAUGGAGGCCUGCGACCUCCCCUCCGGCUCCGGCGCGGGGCUCGGGGAGUGGGCCGCGUUCCUCUUCCUCUCCAGGUGCUCGCAGCGCGUGCUCCUCUCGGCCGCGUCGGCCGUGUUCCUGGUGGUCCUGCUCUGCCUCGGCGCGGCGAAGCUCGUCUCCACCCGGCGCCAGCGGGAGCGGCAUGGCGGCGACCUCAACGGCGGCAGCGGCGCCGCCAAGGAGCCGCUGCUCGAUAGGGGGGGUGGAGCGGCGACGGCGGUGCGGUUCGGGCCCGGGUUCGUCGUCGCGCUCGCGGCGUCCGCGGUCCUCGCCGCCUUCUACGGCGUCCUGCUCGUCCUCUCUCUCGUCACUAGGGGCGGGGCCCUGGAGGCGGCGUUCCUGGCGCUGCAGUGCGCGGCGCACCUGGCCGCCGCAGCGGUGGUCGCGCACGAGAAGCGGUUCCGCGCGGCGGCGCACCCGCUGGCGCUGCGGCUCUACUGGCUGGCGGCGCCCGCGCUGACGGCGCUCCUCGCUGGCACCGCCGUCGCGCGCCUCGCAUCCGGGGUUACGGACUCCCUCCCGGACGACGCGCUCGCGGUGGCGGCGCUGGCCCUGUCCCUCCCACUCCCGCUGCUCGCCAUCUCCGGCGCGACGGGCAUCGUCUCCGCCGCGUCGACGUCCGCCGGCGCCGCCGCCACGCCGGACGCGGCUGGCGACGACGAGAGCAGCAAGGACAAGAACGUGACCCCCUACGCGACGGCGUCGUGGGCGUCCCGCGCGUCGUGGGCGUGGAUGAACCCGCUGGUGCGCCGCGGCUACCGCGCGGCGCUGGAGCUGUCGGACGUGCCGUCCCUGUCCCCCGCCCACCGCCCCGAGCGCAUGCACGAGCUCUUCACCCGGCACUGGCCGUCCUCCUCCUCCAAGGAGGCCGGCAACCCGGUGCGGCACACGCUGCUCCGCUCCUUCUGGCCGCUGCUCCUCCUCAACGCGUCGCUGGCGCUGCUCCGGCUGACGGUGAUGUACGUGGGCCCGACGCUGAUCCAGAGCUUCGUGGACUACACCGCCGCCGUCGGCCAGCGGCCGCUGGGCGAGGGCGCGCGGCUGGUGGCGACGCUGCUGGCGGCCAAGUGCGCGGAGGCGCUGUGCAGCCACCAGUACAACUUCCACUGCCAGAAGCUGGGGAUGCAGAUCCGGGGCGCCCUCAUCGUGGCGCUCUACCGCAAGGGGCUCCGGCUGUCGUGCUCGGCGCGGCAGCGGCACGGGCUGGGCAUGAUCGUCAACUACAUGGCCGUCGACGCGCAGCAGCUCUCCGACAUGAUGCUGCAGAUCCACUACCUCUGGCUCAUGCCGCUCCAGGUUGGCGUGGCGCUGGGCCUCCUGUACACGUACCUUGGCCCCCCGGUGACGUCGGCGCUGGUGGGCGUCGCCGGCGUGAUGGUGUUCGUGCUGCUGGGCACCCGGCGCAACAACCGGUACCAGUUCUCGCUGAUGAUGGAGCGCGACAAGCGGAUGAAGGCGACCAACGAGAUGCUGGGCAACAUGCGCGUCAUCAAGUUCCAGGCGUGGGAGGGCCACUUCGACGCGCGCAUCGGCCGCUUCCGCCGCCUCGAGUUCGCCUGGCUCUCCCGCUUCAUGUACUCCAUCUCCGGCAACAUCGUCGCGCUCUGGAGCGCGCCCGUCGUCGUCUCCGCGCUCGUCUUCGCCACCUGCGUGCUCUGGGGGACGCGCCUCGACGCGGGGCUCGUCUUCACCGCCACGUCCUUCUUCAAGAUCCUGCAGGAGCCCAUGAGGAACUUCCCGCAGGCAAUGAUACAGGCGUCGCAGGCCAUGAUCUCGCUGCAGCGGCUCGACUCGUACAUGACGAGCGCGGAGCUGGACGACGGCGCCGUGGAGCGGGAGCCCGCCGCGGCGUCGGGGAGCGACGGGGCGGCCGUGCAGGUGACGGGGGGCGUGUUCGCGUGGGACGACGAGGUGGAGGCCGGCCAGGAGGUGCUGCGCGGGGUCGACCUGGACAUCCGGACGGGCGCGCUGGCGGCCGUGGUGGGAAUGGUCGGCUCCGGCAAAUCGUCGCUGCUCGGCUGCAUCCUCGGCGAGAUGCGCAAGGUCUCCGGGAAAGUGAAGGUCUGUGGCAGCACAGCUUACGUCGCGCAGACGGCAUGGAUUCAGAACGGCACCAUCGAGGAGAACAUCCUCUUCGGGAAGCCCAUGCACCGGGAGAGGUACAAAGAGGUCAUCAGGGUGUGCUGCCUGGAGAAGGACUUGGAGAUGAUGGAGUUUGGCGACCAGACGGAGAUUGGCGAGCGUGGCAUCAACCUCAGCGGCGGGCAGAAGCAGCGCAUCCAGCUCGCCCGUGCCGUCUACCAGGACUGCGAUGUCUACCUCCUCGACGAUGUGUUCAGCGCAGUCGAUGCGCACACCGGCACUGAGAUCUUCAAGGAAUGUGUGAGAGGUGCUCUGAAGAACAAGACCGUUGUGCUUGUGACCCACCAAGUUGAUUUCUUGCACAAUGCCGAUAUCAUAUACGUGAUGAAGGACGGCAUGAUCGUGCAAUCCGGCAAGUACGACGAGCUCCUCCAGCCCGGCUCCGACUUCGCGGCGCUGGUGGCCGCCCACGACAGCUCCAUGGAGCUCGUGGAGAGCGCGGCGCCGGCGAGCGAGCGCGAGCUUCCCCUCUCCCGGCAGCCGUCGAACAAGAACGUCGAAUCGUCCUCGUCGUCCUCCAUCGUGGCGCCCAAGGCCGAGAAGGCGUCGGCGCGGCUGAUCAAGGAGGAGGAGCGCGAGAGCGGGCACGUGAGCUUCGCCGUGUACAAGCAGUACAUGACGGAGGCGUGGGGCUGGUGGGGCCCGCUCGUGGUGGUGGCGGUCUCCGUCGCGUGGCAGUGCUCGCUGGUGGCCAGCGACUACUGGCUCGCCGACGAGACCUCCGAGGAGAACGCCGCCUCGUUCCGGCCGUCCCUGUUCAUCAACGUGUACGCCAUCAUCGCCGCCGUCUCGGUGGUGCUCGUCACGGCGCGCGCCUUCCUCGUGGCCGUCAUCGGCCUCCAGACCGCGGACAAGUUCUUCAAGCAGAUCCUCAACAGCAUCCUGCACGCACCCAUGUCCUUCUUCGACACCACGCCGUCCGGCAGGAUCCUCAGCAGGGCGUCAUCGGAUCAGACGAACGUCGACCUCUUCCUGCCGUUCUUCGUCUGGAUGAGCGUGUCCAUGUACAUCACCGUGAUCAGUGUGCUGGUCGUCACGUGCCAGGUGGCGUGGCCGUCUGUCGUCGCCAUCAUCCCUCUGGUGAUACUGAACCUCUGGUACCGGGGCUACUACUUGGCGACGUCAAGGGAACUGACCCGCCUCGAGUCGAUCACCAAGGCUCCGGUGAUCCACCACUUCUCGGAGACGGUUCAGGGUGUCAUGACCAUCAGGUGCUUCAGAAAGGAGGACAGCUUCUUGCAGGAGAACCUGAACCGGGUGAACGCGAGCCUGAAGAUGGACUUCCACAACAACGGCGCGAACGAGUGGCUCGGUUUCCGGCUCGAGCUGAUCGGAAGCUUUGUUCUCUGCUUCACAGCCUUGCUCAUGGUCACAUUGCCGAGCAACUUCGUGAAGCCAGAGUAUGUUGGUCUAUCAUUAUCGUAUGGUCUAUCCCUCAAUCAGGUGUUGUUCUGGGCCAUCUGGAUCAGUUGCUUCAUAGAAAACAAAAUGGUCUCAGUUGAGAGGAUAAAGCAGUUCACAAACAUUCCUUCAGAGGCCGCAUGGAGGAUCAAGGACUGCCUACCAGAUGCUAACUGGCCAACAAAAGGAGACAUAGAUGUCGUUGAUCUCAAGUUUAGGUAUAGGCACAACACUCCCCUAGUGUUGAAGGGCAUCACAAUAAGCAUACAUGGAGGAGAAAAGAUUGGAGUCGUUGGCCGAACCGGUAGCGGGAAAUCAACACUGAUCCAGGCAUUGUUCAGAAUAGUGGAGCCUUCUGAGGGGAAAAUAAUUAUCGACGGAGUUGACAUCUGCACUUUAGGACUCCAUGACCUUAGGUCUCGGUUUGGUAUCAUUCCUCAGGAGCCUGUUCUCUUUGAGGGGACCAUUCGGAGCAACAUCGAUCCGCUUGAGCAGUAUUCUGAUGAUGAAAUCUGGCAGGCUUUGGAACGUUGUCAGUUGAAAGAAGCUGUGGCUUCAAAACCCGAAAAGCUUGACGCUUCAGUUGUCGACAACGGUGAGAACUGGAGUGUAGGACAGCGGCAACUGCUAUGCCUGGGCCGGGUGAUGCUGAAACGCAGCAGGAUACUAUUCAUGGAUGAGGCCACUGCUUCAGUGGAUUCCCAAACUGAUGCUGUGAUUCAGAAGAUCAUCCGGGAAGACUUUGCAGCUUGCACAAUCAUCAGCAUCGCCCACAGAAUACCAACAGUUAUGGAUUGCGACAGAGUCCUUGUUAUCGAUGCAGGACUAGCAAAGGAGUUUGACCGGCCUGCGAAUCUGAUCGAAAGGCCAUCUCUCUUUGGAGCAUUGGUUCAAGAGUACGCAAACCGGUCAUCCGAUGUGUAGCCUUGGAGAUGGCAUAAUUUUUGACUCAAGAUUUCGGAGGAAAUGGUGUGUUGAACUAGCAAGCUGCAUUCAUUUGCUCCGAAUAAAACUGCGAGCCCUCAAAAGUUCGUGAGCGGUAACCGGGUUGUGUGGAAGGUCAGCGAAGGAGCCACGAUGGGAUUAAAGGCAUCAAGAUGACUGAGACGAAGUAGAUUUCAAGAGGUGUUUCAGCCGUUUAGGCUGAAAUUUUCUAAUACUGUGAGUUGAAGAUGAUGUAUGAAUGUACUGUCCAACUAGAAUAUUAUCACUCGGGCAGAUUUUCUGCAGGCCAGAUCAGCUGUAUGGAACUAAAAACCAUGGAAAUUGAAAGAAUUAUUUGCUUCUCUAGAAGAACCAUUUGAA